AUGAAUGACCCUCUACGACCCGGUUUGCAGCCGGUCUCGCAUCUCAAGGCUGGACCGACCACCUCAAGCUCCAGGUCUACCGCGCUACCUUCCUCAGGGCAACCGCCUUUGACACGACCUUCCUCUAGAUUACGAGCCCAACGACCAUCUAUUCGAGAUGACACAACUGAUGCUACGAGUGACAAGGCUACUGCUGCUUUGAUUCGACGUGUCCUAUCCCCCCAGCCAGGCAGCGGCCACGGCGCAUCGUCUCCGCAGCCUUCGGAAGAGCUGUUACCUCCCCUCACGAGUUCCAAUGACGUUGACCGUCAGCUUUACGCCAUACUCGCCGUUAUAAUCAGAGAAUUUGUUCACUCGUGGUACACAAAGAUUACCCCUGACCAGGCCCUGGUCGAUGAGGUCCUUCAAGUCAUUGCGCAUUGCACCCGCGCCCUGGAACAGCGGAUACGCCAGGUAGAUGUCACACAGCUCGCCUUGGAUGAGAUUCCUGCGCUGGUUGAAGCACAUAUACUCUCCUAUCGACUUGCUAAAGAACGGUCACACCUAUCGGGACUACCAACGUCGCAUCGUGCGCUAUAUCACGAGCUGAACCCUCAUCCGGGGUUAUCACCGGUCCCGGAUCCCGCAGAUCCUGAUACAGUCAACGCGCAAGCUGAGAACGAAGCCGUAUAUCGGAGAUUACUUGCUAGCGGGACUCUUGCCGUUCUCCUACCCACGGAAGAUUUGGAAAAUAGCAGCCUACGCCAGCUCGUGAGCGACAUCCUAUCAGACUUGAUUCUAGGCAAAGAGAUUUCCGGCAGGGUCUGCCAAGGAUGGUUCUUAUGGGAGGCUAUCACCAAAGUUACGGAAGCAGUGAGACGCCGGAAAACUUUGGAGCACUCGGAAUCCGCCAAUGAUGUCCCUACAAAUCGACUCGAGAGAUUUGGCCUACUCACGGACGAAGACGAUUCGACCAAAUCCCACGCAAGCGCCCAGUCGCGAGCCACUGGUUGGAUAUGGAGUGUUCUCCAGAAUAUCUAUCUUGGCUAUGUUGCCUUGCGUUUCAUCGCGACAGGUCUAUUCCGCGUCGCAUCAGAUCCAAGGCAAGGAUAUUCGCACGGAGCCAGUGUUUCAUUUCCCGCUGCAACGCCAGGGUUUUCCAAGAAGGAGGGGGGCUUCGACUCGUCGCCGUCGUCAGACGGAGUCCCAACUAAACGCCCGGUCCUCGACUACCGAGUGUACUCGAUGAUCUCGCAACUUUUGGGCAUCUCACAACGAAUGCCAUGGCUUUCGGGGCUAUUCGCCCUUGCCCAACACCUGAUUCUGGCCGGACCAGGCAGGCUUGGGGACACGGAUGGAAUUCUUGACAGAUUCCUCCGAGAAACCAUUGAGGAGUACAUCUUGCCCCCCACUUUGUUGCCCAACCUUCUUCUCGCAACACGGUCUGCUCUUUUCCCGGCCAAUGCCCGCCCAACUUCCCAAGCACCCGCUGGAAAUACUGGACCAGCCCUGGCUCCGGCUCCGCAGGCGUCCGUGCAGCCCCCGGCCCCUAGCGGAAAAUCUCCCCUCGCUGUGACUGUGGUUACCACUUCCGCGCCUUUUCCGGAAGGUAGCAGGGUUUCUAGCCCAGGUGCAAGCGAUGCAGUUGGUAAAAGUAAUAUCAGCAGUAGCAACAGCAACAGCAAAAGCAGUACUGCAGUUGGAGUUGGUAGUGGCGGCGAUCGUCUGCAGGCUGGCUUACCACCCCGGUCUUCGACAGUAUCGCCGUCAUCGCCAACCAUUGCGACGAGAUCGGACAUCGAUACUGUCCAACAAGCUUCCACGGAGGUGUCAACCGGACCAGAGAACAGACUUGGCCCAUCUCCCUCGGAGAUCGCCGCUAUCAAGCGGCGAUGUGCAGCUAGUCUUCUGGCCGUGAUCCCGCUCAAGGUCGCACGAACCCUCUUUGGCGUCCCGCCGCCCUCUAGCAGUGAUCGUACCUGCAGCGCCGCCACUGGGAACUCACCCUUCACCACCAGUGAGCCGUCUCCACCCCCAUCACUUGAUGGAGAUGGUGGGGGCUGUCCGAGAUCUUCAUUACAGGACAAAGGAACUACUCCCUCGUCGCAGGCGUCACCACUAUCAUCCUCCGCCCCUACUCUGGCAGGACUAACCAGUGAGAGUGGCGAUUAUCCCGCCGCCCAGCGCACGGACGAGGGGAAUGAGGAGUCAGAUAUCGAUCUUGAGGAGUUGUAUUUCCUGGAGGCUAUUGAGACGGAUCUAUUGGACCUCCUGGCUGAUGAGUACUGUAACAAGCACCUGGUGUACUCGAUCAUAGAGACUGCCCUCGCUAGGGUGCUCCCUGAACUGACUGAGCGCACUGUCGAAGACCUAAUGGAGGACCGUGGGGUUACCCCAGUUCCCGGCGGCUUCUAA